UAGAUAUUUUGUGUUGGUGUUUGUGAGUGCAAGAGAAUAUGGCGUCAGAAAAAGAGAGUCGUUCCGAAUGGCGAAAAUUGUAAAGAAUUGUUGAACUCUCGUGGCCUGAAAUUGGGGCCUGAUGUGCGUGAAAUCGUUAGAAGUAGUAACGCGGAGACAGUUUUCUAAGUGCUCGAGACCGGUGUACGACGGUCGUCGUUACUUUUGGACCGUUUAGAGGGGCUAUUAUAAUAUGUCGGAGCCGAGCGAUUCGGCUCAACCGAGCAGCCCAGAUGACAAGGACAAAGCGCCGUCCCGAGUCGUCCUCAAGGAGUCCGAACUCUCAUCCCUCUCCGCCGACGAGUGGUGCAGUCACUGGCGCAUGCAGGACUCUUAUAUCACACUGCUAGAGCAGAGGCUCUCCCAACAAGAAGGAGACUUGACGGAUCUGCGCCAAAACUAUGACAGGACUAAAAACCAGCUCUCCGAUUCACAGCAGAAGGAGAAGGUCCUUAUCAGGAGGCUCACAGCAAAAGAGCAUGAAAUGCAGGAUUAUGUGUGCCAAGUGAAUGAAUUAAAGAACGCCCAGGCUCCGACGACGACAUCUCUGAGAUCAACGCUUCUGGAUCCGGCGGUGAACAGCCUGCUGCAACUGCUACGGACUGAGCUGCAGAACACGAAGGCCAAGCUGGAGGAGACGCAGAACGACCUAUCUGCGUGGAAGUUCACGCCGGACUCGAACACCGGGAAACGGCUGAUGGCAAAGUGCCGGCUGCUCUACCAGGAGAACGAGGAGCUCGGUAAGAUCACGUGCAACGGACGCGUCGCCAUCCUCGAAGGCGACCUCGCGUUGCAGAAGAACUUCUCCGAGGAGGUGCGAAAAUCGCAGCUUGAACUCGACUCCUUCCUUGCCGAUCUUGACGAGGACGUCGAGGGCAUGCAGAGCACGAUCCUGUUUCUUCAACAGGAGCUGCGCAAGGCGAAGGACGCGCUCGGUGCGCUGCAGAAGGAGAACAGUAGUCUAAAAAUGCCGAACGGCCGGGCCAACGGUGACUCUAGUAGUGUUUGUGAAGAGGAGGAUGAGCGGACUACAAGGGUUAAACGUGUGAGGAGGACUUCCGUACUCAGUAUCGAUUACAAUGAGGACGACGUAAUCAACACGAACGGUGAUGUGGUGAUGUCCGACACGGACUAUUCUUGAAUGUUAUGGUUCUUGGUUUUUUUUGUUGCUACUGCGAUCCGAUGGAUAAGGUGACUUCGCCAUCGACAUACAAUCAUCAUCUCCAGCAACGAACACCAGCAGCAGCAAC